CAGCUCAUAUCAACAUUUGAUAGAGUAGCUACAGCAAUGUCUAUUCGAUGCCAUUGCAAGAAGAGAGUGAUCUAGGGUAAAAGAAUCCUUUAUAAAUAGCCGUUAAUGCAAACAACAGCUGAGUUGGGAUGUUGAUUUGAGGAAUCAGGCAGCUGAACUAGCUUAUCAGUACACUUGUCAAUUCAACUGACGGUGCAGCCGUAGUGAACGGUUACGGUUUGGCCUUUUAGGGGUCAUCGCAUAAUCUGGCAAGCGGAAAACUUGAUCGGACGGUCGUAGAAAUCGGUUCCUCAUUUACCAGUUAUAAGUUCGCAUUCGCAUUGUCAGGAUGGUCAUCAGGAUUGCACUGAUUCAGCUGAAGAUCGCUGGACCGAAGGAGAAGAUCCUGAAAAAUGCGGUCGACUUGAUUCGGAUUGCCAAGAAGGAAAAGGAUGCGAAUGUUGUGGUGCUACCGGAGAGCUUUAAUUGUCCUUAUAGUGAAGACAAUUUCGAAGCAAAUGCCGAGGAGAUUCCACAAGGUGAAACGAGCCAAACGUUGAGCAAAGCAGCGCGGGAUUUCGGUGUCUACGUCGUUGGAGGAACAUUCGUUGAAAAAUGCUGCGGGAAGCUCUACAAUACGUGCACCGUUUGGGGUCCAGAAGGAGAACUGGUAGCCAAACAUCGCAAGGUUCAUCUUUGUAGCACAAACAUCCCUGGAAAACUGGAGGUGGAUGAAUGCAAAGUAUUCACCGCUGGCAAUGACUACACGACUUUCUACGUAGGUGAAACCAAAAUCGGACUUGGAGUGUGUUGGGAUAUGCGCUUCCCUGAGUUUGCCAAUGCCUAUCGGGAAUUGGGUUGCGAUCUUUUGAUCUAUCCAGCGGUUUGUGACGUCUACACUGGAGAACUUCACUGGGAAUUGCUCGCCAGAGCUCGUGCUUUAGACAAUCAAGUGUUUGUUGCCUUUUGCGCUCCGGCAAGAGAUUCCCACGCAGAAUUGAUUUCCUAUGGUCAUUCCUUGGUCGUAGAUCCAUGGGGAAAAGUGAUUCAAAAAGGAACCGAAUUCCAGGAGAUCAUUGUGGCGGAUUUGGUGCUUAGGACACUUCCGGAGGUGAGGGGUCAAAUCCCCGUACUUAAGCAAAAGCGAUCGGAUUUGUAUGAAUUGAUCGUUAAAGAGUGACCUCAACAUGGCUGAUGUUGAGUGCUUAUUUUGUAUAGCUAAAAAGAAGAUUGUACUGCGAUGUCUGUGAAUGGUAGAGAAAUUUUAGCAAUUGAACAAGAUCUGUGUUUUUAGUAAAAUAGUUCUGUGGUAUACGAUUUAGUUGCUCCUGAUAAUAGCGUUCUUUGAUUCUAUCGUAAAGUCACUUCACUAAUGCAAUAAAAAAUCCUAAAAUGCCUAAGCAUAA